AUAUUAAUUUUAAAGCCCAAUUGGCAAUUUUUGCGAGUGGAAGAAGUCUACUAUAAAAGAGUUUUCAACCAAAUUGCAAACAACAGUCGUUAAGCAGACUUCACACAACACUUUUUUUCAAAUUCAAGAAAACGUUUAUCAACAGAUAAGAUGGCUUACUACAAGUUGACUUUAGCUUUAUGCAUCGUAAGUAUAAUAAUCAUGCAACAAGUAUCUUGUGAUCCAGAACCACAACAUGGUGGACAUGGAGGAUAUGGACACGGUGGCCAAUACGGACAUGGAGGUUAUGGACACGGUGGCCAAUACGGACACGGUGGUUAUGGACACGGUGGCCAAUAUGGACAUGGUGGUUAUGGACACGGUGGCCAAUACGGACACGGUGGUCAUCAUGGAGGUCAUCAUGGAGGUCAUCACGGAGGUCAUCAUGGUGGAUACUAAUAUUAAAUGAUCCCAAUUAAGUUUACUUAGUUUUAUUUAUAAACCUACCAAUAAAAUACUUCCCUUACAUUUGUUUAAUUAAUUUAAACAAUAAGUUUGACUAUUUUUUUUGCCAAAUUAUGGCAUGCAAAUUGUAACACAUGCAAUAUUAUAAAUAUUUAUUCUUUAAUAAAAAAACUUAUUUUUUUAAACAA